AUGCCUCUUAUACCAACAGAGCAGGCGCACAUGCCCUACUACGCCUAUCAGCAGCAGCAGCAGUACCACCAGCAGCAGCCAUCGGCUUAUGCGCCCUCACAGAUCUCGACUGCUUAUCAAAGCCCCCUUCCAUACAACCCAUCACCGCUGUCACCACUUGGGAACCCGACCACCAUAUCACCUUCAAACCCCAAGAGUUACAUCUCCCGUCAGAUCCGGCCCUUGUUUGUCCCUGCUGUCCUUCGUCCGACUGAAUUUCCUUCCAAGGAGCCGCCCUCGAGGCGGAAGCAGCCUGAGGAUGAAGAGGAACAGGAGGACCCCCCGAGGCCAACCAGCAGUCUGUUGAGCCUGGGCGGUUUGACCGCUUUAGGCAGGUUAAGCAAGCGCUCGACUGGCGAUAGCGCGAAGAAUCUUGCAGGCAACUGGGAUCUCGAGCAAUUCCCCAAGCCAACUGGCGCGCCGACUAGGAAGCACUGGAAGCCUGAUCAUGAGUCUACCAUGUGCGACCACGCCACUUGCAGGCGGUCCUUCAACUACUUUACACGCCGGCAUCACUGCCGGAGGUGUGGCAACAUCUUCUGCGACAUGCACAGCUCCUAUGAGGUUCCUCUUGACCAAGACGCCAACUUCAACCCACGUGGUGUGAUGAGCCGUUGUUGUGACCACUGCUACGCCGAGUUCAAAGCCUUCCGCGCCCGCAAGGGUAGCUAUUCGUCCUCGACCACCCAGGAGUCUUCUUCCCCGGUUGACCCAAACAACGCCAGGACAACACCGAGCACACCCAUCGCCGGUUCCCCCACCGCAGCGAACGGUCUUGCUGGUACUGGCGGUGUUGCUGCUCCCGCAGAGGUAGCCCAGAGCGUGCCGAGAGAUUGGCAUUGGAGCACAUUUUAA